AUGACCGCUCAACUGUACCCUACUUUAGCUAUAACCGUCACCAUCUCUCAAGCAUCUUUGGCAAAGCUCAAGGAACAGUUCACAACAGUACAUUACUAUCCUAUCGAGGGGGAUAAACUUUUCCCAGAACAUUUGGCUUCAGAGGUGGAUGUUUGGUAUUCUAGGUUCUCUGGAUUGCCAAAGUUUAUCACCAAGUAUGAGCAGAUUCCUAGGACCAAGUUUGUCCAAUUAACGAGCGCCGGCGCCAAUGUCGUCCUCAAAACACCUCUCUUCCAAGACCCAGAGGCGCAGAAACAUGUUUCCAUCUGCAACGCAUCAGGUAUCCACGUAAAGUCUAUUCCUCAGCAAGUCAUCGCCAUGAUCAUCAACUUGUAUAUGAGUCUUCAUAUACAGACUUAUCUCACCCGCAGCAAGGCUGCGUGGCCAAGCAGACAGGAGAUUGCAGAUGCCGCUGGGAAACAUAUCGAGAGUGGGAGCAACAUCGGUUCUGAGAGCUUGAUCGGUAAGAGGGCCGGGAUGUUGGGCUACGGUCACAUCGCUCGUGAAACCGCCCGGGUGCUCAAAGCCAUGAACGUAAACAUCAUCGCUGCCAACUCUUCUGGCACCAGGAGGAUCGACGAUGGGUAUAUCAUCCCUGGCACGGGUGACAAAGAUGGCAUUGUACCGUCUGCUUACUAUUCUACCACCGACCCCGAGUCGUUCAGAGAGUUCUUGAGCAAGUGCGACAUUUUGGUCGCGUCUCUGCCCUCGACGGCCGAAACGCACUACAUUCUGACGGCCGACUUGCUCAAACAACUACCUGACGGCGCGGUCCUCGUCAAUGUCGGACGUGGUGAUCUCGCCCGCUCCGAAGACCUCCUCGCCGCUCUCGAUGCCCCCGGCGGCCUCUCCGGCGUCGCUUUGGACGUAACGGACCCCGAACCUCUCACUGCCGGUCACCCUUUGUACACGCACCCGAAAGCUAUCAUCACCCCUCAUUCCAGUGGUGACUUUGUCGGAUACUUUGAAUCCAUUACCGAUCUCUUGGUGGCCAACAUCAAGCAGGUGAGGAGGACCGGUAAGCUGAUGAACGUCGUCGACCCCGUCAAGGGAUACUAA